AUGCUUGAGGAAACAGGUGUCUGUAUAGUAGUACCUGGCAACGGUUUUAGACAAAAAGAGGGCACUUGGCAUUUUCGUAGUACUUUUCUUCCACCAGAAGAAUUGUUUGAUGGAUUUUGUAAGAAAUUAGAAGAAUUUCAUAAAUCAUUUCUUUUAAAAUAUAGAACUAUAUGA